AUGACUCCCGAACAGAUCAAGAUUAUCUCACAGACUGUUCCAGUGGUGCAACAAUAUGGAGGAACUAUUACCACGGUCUUUUACAAGAACAUGUUACAUGCGCAUCCAGAGUUGAAAACUGUUUUCAACUCCACCAAUCAGAAGACCGGACAUCAAGCAAAAGCACUUGCAGCUGCCCUUUAUGCAUAUGCAGCCAACAUCGAAAAUCUGGAUGUUCUCGGCCCGGCGCUGGAGUUGAUUUGCCAAAAGCAUGCAUCUCUUUACAUAACACCCGAGCAGUAUAGAAUAGUCGGCAAGUUUCUUUUACAAGCAAUGCAAGAGGUUCUAGGUGACGUAUUCACGCCACAAGUCCAGGAUGCCUGGGGCUCUGCUUACUGGCAACUGGCCAACCUUAUGAUCACAAAGGAGUCCAGCCUGUACGAGCAGAACUCAGACUGGAAAACAUGGAGAGACUUUCGAAUUGCCAGGAUUGAGCCAGAAUCAACCGAGAUCAAGUCUUUCUAUCUAGAGCCUGUCGACGGAAAACCCCUACCGAAGUUUACUCCCGGGCAAUAUAUUUCCAUCAGACUCUACGUGCCGCGAUUAAACUACACCCAAGACCGACAAUAUUCACUAAGCGAUAAGCCAAAUCCCAGGUAUUACCGAAUUAGUGUCAAACGUGAAGAUGGUCUAUCCCCGAAAUUAAGUGGUCCAGAAGAUACAUCUGGCUAUGUCUCUUAUCUUCUCCAUGACAUGGAAGUUGGAAAGGUAGUGCAACUGUCUCACCCUCGGGGCGAUUUCUUCUUGCAAAAUAUAGACGCUACCCAUCCAGUUGUUCUUAUUGCUGCUGGAGUCGGAAUUACGCCUCUACUAUCGAUGUUCGUUCAAAUCGUGGAAAACUUGGUCAAAGUCAAUCGCAAGGUACAUUUAAUCCACGCGGCACGAGAUACUGCUUCUCGAGCCUUCAAAGAUGCUAUUCAAAAGGUAGGCCGAGGAUAUCCGACUGUUAAAACCACUUUUUUUAUCGAAAGGCCCGAGGAUAGCCAUCUAGGUUGCACUCGUAUCGGUCGGGUUGACUUACAGCGGCUUCAUGCACAAAAUGAUCUCUUCCUCGACAAUCAUGAAACCGAGUACUAUAUCUGCGGACCUCCUCCAUUCAUGCAGAGUCUAAGAGAUUCUCUGCUUACGUUAGGGGUAGAUAAAAGGCGUAUUAAAAUGGAACUUUUUGGCACUGGAGGACCUGAUGUCGCCACAGAUAAUAGACCCCAGGCCAAUCUAUAG